AUGGGUGCAUGCACCACAGGUCCUGAAGCGUGCCCUGAAGGGAGCUGGUCAAACAGCUCAGGACUGCAUAGCCAGAAGGAUUGCAAACCCUGUCCUGGGGGUUUUUAUUGCAACUCUGCUGGCCUUACAAAACCCAGUGGGUCCUGUCGUGCAGGAUACUACUGCAUAGAGGGAGCUGUCACAUCUACUCCCACUGAUGGAAAUACAGGGGGACCCUGUCCUGAGGGUUACUACUGCCCUGAGGGAACUGUUCAACCUGUGCCCUGUGAACCAGGGACAUAUGUGGCUGUUACACAUGCUACUCAGUGUGAACCUUGUCUGCCAGGCUGGUAUUGUGUGUCUGGCUCGUUGUACCUUUGUCCUGCAGGCUUUUACUGCCCCCAAGGAACUGGAUUUGACUUGAGAAGCUGUCCAGAGGGAACUUAUGGUCCUGACCCCGGCUAUGAGUCUGUCUUGCAGUGCAGGCAGUGUGACGCCGGCCAUUACUGCUCUUCCAGAAAUGGCACAACUGUCACUGGGCCGUGUCAGAAAGGAUAUUACUGCUCAUAUGGAAACAUCUCUCCACAGCCUUUCUCAGUGGCUGCAGGAGAAGGAGGGCCAUGUCCUGCUGGUCAUUACUGUCCCCAGGCCACGGUUAAGCCUCUGCCGUGUCCACGAGGAACAUUUUCUAACCAGACCAAAUUAGUCUCAGAGGAGGACUGUCAGCCAUGUUUCCCAGGUUACUACUGUGAUGCUGCGGGGCUCUCGGCACCUUCAGGAAAAUGCUGGCAAGGUUUCUUCUGCUCUGGGGGUGCAGAGCGUCCUGAACCUCCUUUGAGAGACAGCCACGGAGGGCCGUGCCCAAAAGGUUAUUACUGCUCUGAGGGCUCUGUGGCUCCUCAGCACUGCCCCUUGGGAACCAUCAGCACAGAAGAUGGCCAAGCCAGCUGCAGUGCCUGUCCUCAGGGGUAAACUCACU